GCCAGAUGCUCUUAUAUUUCCUGAGUGGGAAAUUAUUUCUUUAGUUUUUGAUAAUGUGAUAUUUGUAUGCACUUAUAGUUUAAAUUCGAGUUUCAUCAUGGAUAAGGCUUCUCAUUUAGAGUUGCCAAUGAUGAUGGUGAUUUGCAACACCCAGUUCUAUAUUCACAUCCUCAGAGAAACUGCCACCAAAGAUGCAUAAGUAUGCAUAAUUUUUUUUCGGAUUGAUAAUAGACAGUUUUUAUACAGGAUGACUCAAAUAAAAGAUAUCAUAACCUCAUUUUUUUUAAGGAACGCCCUUUGAAAAUAUAAUAAUUGUUGAAUGAAUUUGGGGUGGGAUUGCAGUUGAUAAUGCCGCUUUAACACGAUUUUUUACCUUUCAUUUUGUAUUAUCUUUUAUUGUUUUUGCUUUACUUAUCGUACUUUCACUGGAAAUGGACUUCUGGCGCAGAGCUGCCAGUAAAUCACGCCUGGACCGGGUGAAUAACCAUUGCAUAACGGAAAUCAUAGGCGUACAGAAGACAUUACUUGAAGAAAUAGACCAACAGCAAUUGAUAUGGAAUGGACACAGAGAGAAUGGACGAGGAGCGACUCCCUAAACAAAUCCUAAGAUGGAAAUCUUCAGAAAGGAGAAAAAGGGUUAGACCGAGGACUAACUGGCUUGGAGGAAUACACCGAGCCAUGUCAGAAAGAGAUCUGCACCAAGGAGACUCGGAAAACCAAAAGCAAUGGAGACUGGAACCAGAAGAUGUAGGACUCCAUAUAACCGGAUAUAUGUAUGCUUCAUGCUUAUUCAUUUAUAGUUUCUCCAUUAAGCAAAUUCUAACAAAUUGCCCUAUUGACAUCAGAAAACUGCCAAGUUUUCAAAAAAAUUGCAACAUUAUCCUAAAAAUUAAUCGUGGCAAUUCGUCGUGAGAUAGCCUGUAAAUAAAUAUUAUUUUCUUAUGAAUACAACAAGUAGACUUGUAUAAGUAUCUGGGACAUGAGAUUCUUAUAACCAGAGUUAACCAUGACUCCUAAGAGAUAGCGCUAAAGUGUUGGCUUAAAUUGGGCAGUUUUUGGAAAAUUAAACAACACUCUAAAAUUCGAUAUUCCAACCUGUUUAAAGAGAAAGGUGUUCAACCAGUGUGUCCUUCCUGUGUUAAAAUACGGAGCAGAAACAUUGGCACUAAAGCCCAGUUGACACGGUCCAAGUGCACUUGGAUGACAACUUGGACCAAGUGGGUUGGCAAGUACACUUGCACCGUGUCAAGCAGACUUAACAAAAAAAGACAGAGUCCUUAACAUCAGACUUCGCCAAAUGUCUGGAGUAACAGCUGCUAUUGAACGCAUAACAACGUUAAAGUGGAACUGGGCUAGACACAUACCGAGAAUGGCAAACGGACGAUGGACAAAGUUGAUUUGAGUGGAGACCGCGACAAGGGGCCUUUCGAAACAGAGGUCGCCCACCAAAAAGAUGGACCGACGAUAUUAAAAUAAUAGAGCCAAAUUGGAUGAAUGCAGCACAGGGUCGAGGACGUUAGAUUAGGGAAGGCCUAUGUCCAGCAGUAGACGCAACCAGGCUAAUUGAUGAUACCUAUUUACCAUGAGAAUCCGACCAUCCUGUGGAUGGUGAUCCAUUCUCGUCAAACCUGUCUUGUCAAAGUAAAUUAUUGGACAAUUCUUAGAAUAGUAUUUUUUCAUUAAUGUUAUAUAAGCAUCGAUAACAUGGAUCUAAUUUAGAC